AUGAGGGUUCUAACAGUACUAUUGGCGGUGUCUCUGGUAAGACUCUGCCACUGUGGAGGUGAUAAUGGUGGCGCUAAAGGAGGAGUAAAGGGAGCAGUAGCUCAGCAAGAUCCAGUGAAGCCCGUUCAACCUAAUACGCAGGGUCCACCAGGGCAAACUCAGGCAAAUCUUUCUACACCUACUCAACAAGCUGUUAAACCUGUAACAGCCUCUUCUGGAAAGGCAGACGUUUUGGAUCUUGCUAAUCCUGAUGAGUCCAAAGUGGAUAUUCUCAAAGCUAGUAGGAAUAAAGUGGAGAAGAAGGAGUAUUAUCCAAAGGAUACUUCCAAGAUUACUUCUGUUGUUGACGGUCAGACCCCUAUAUGGACCGCUUCUGAAGAGGAUAAAUUUUUAUCUGCAAAAGUAUCAUCAAAGAGAGACUCUUCACUAGCUAUUUCUCUUAAAAAGGCUGUUAAUAAGUACUUUCAAAAAGCUGCUACGGAUGGAAUACUCCCUCAUGAUAUAAUGCAGACCAGUGGAUAUUCAAACGUUUACCUAUCAUUUAAUGGAGGCAAGGACAGUAUCGUGGCUCUCCACCUCUACAGAAUCGCUAGGGACAUGCACAGAUCGGAGGAUAUCGACUUUAACUCUCCGCUCCAGGGAGUUUAUUUCAACAAUUUUGGGUCAAGGGAAUUUCCCGAAAUGGCAAGUUUUGUGGAUUUUAUAAAGAAGAGAUACGAAAUCGAGUUGAGGUGA